AUGGGGAUCCCACAGAAAGCAACCGUAUUGGUUAUCGGCGGUGGACCAGGGGGCUCUUAUGCUGCCUCGGCACUUGCACGAGAAGGCAUCGACACGGUCUUGUUGGAGGCGGAUACGUUUCCUCGAUAUCACAUUGGAGAGAGUCUUGUCGCUUCUAUCCGACCCCUUCUCAAAUUUAUUGACCUGGAUGACACAUUUGUGAACUACGGAUUUGUUCGCAAGAAUGGCGCAGCCUUCAAGUUAAACAACCAGAAAGAAGCUUACACGGACUUUAUCCUGGAGCCCGGCGCAAACACUUUCGCAUGGAACGUGGUGCGCUCUGAAUGCGAUGAAUUGAUGUUCAAGCACGCCGCGAUCUCCGGAGCGAAGACCUUCGAUGGUGUCAAAGUUACAGCCGUCGAGUUUCUCCCUGGCACUGACGCAAACAGUGGAAACCCAGGUAAACCGGUGUCGGCCAGUUGGAAGGCGAAGGAUGGCCUUACGGGCUCGAUUGACUUUGAUUACCUGGUCGAUGCAAGUGGACGUGCCGGUAUCACCAGUACCAAGUACCUCAAGAACCGCACGUUCAAUACCUACUUGAAAAAUGUCGCGAGCUGGGGCUAUUGGCGUGAUGCCACGCCAUAUGGUGUAGGAACACCCGUAGAAGGACAACCGUACUUCGAAGCGUUGCAAGAUGGUAGUGGUUGGGUCUGGUUUAUCCCUCUCCACAAUGGCACUACCUCCGUGGGCGUCGUCAUGAACCAGGAAAUGGCGACAAAGAAGAAAAAGCUUUCCAAUGUGACGUCCAGCCGUGCCUUCUACCUCGAGUCUGUGCAAGGGGCGCGCGGCAUCUCCCGGUUGCUGGAGCCGGCCACCCUAGGGGGGGAAAUCAAGAACGCCUCGGACUGGUCCUACAAUGCGUCUUCGUACGGUAGCCCGCAUCUGCGUAUUGUCGGCGACGCCGGGGCAUUUAUUGAUCCGUACUUCUCUUCGGGGGUGCAUCUCGCUCUAUCCGGGGGAUUGUCCGCAGCCGUCUCUAUCGCAGCGUCCCUGCGAGGCGACUGCGAGGAGAGCACUGCAUGGAAGUGGCAUUCUCAAGGUGUUGCGAACCGAUAUGGGCGAUUCUUGCUAGUCGUGCUUGGUGCAACUAAGCAGAUCCGUGCCAGAGAUAGUCCUGUUCUUAACAAGGAGGGCGAGGAUGGUUUCGACGAUGCCUUUACGAUCAUCAGACCUGUUAUUCAAGGUACUGCGGACGUCCAGGGAAAGAUCCCCCAGCAGGAAGUGUACGAUGCCGUCACGUUCAGCACGAAUGUUGUUCAGCCUACCAACGGGAAGAGAGAUCCAUCCUGGGUUGAGAAGGCUCCCGACGCUCUCACUCGUGAGCAGCAGGAGAUUGGAAAAGUCAUGAAUAAUCUUGCUAGGGCCUACAAGGCGACAGACGUGCACGAGGGAUUGAAAGCUAGGCUUCAGCGAGGCAAUCUAGGGCUUGACAAAGCUGAGAAGACCGAGGCGUAG